AUGGAUCAAGGGAAUCAGGCUUACCAUGAUUCGAAUUUGAAGAUACCCAAGUACCCAUACCUGGAAGAUGGAGGAAGCAUUAGCAAGAAUUAUAGCAACUUCUGCCCGAAUCAGAAUAAAAUUGAAGCUCGCACAGCAAGCUAUACUUUGAACAACAACUAUGUUAAUAUGCAGACUAAGACACCACCAUGGACAUAUGACUACAACUCAAAGGAAGCUGAACAAGGUGACCUUGAAGAUCGCUAUGUUAUAUCCUUAUCACAAGGUAAUGGUAUGUCCUUCAUGGAAAUGUUGUUGUCUGUCGAAGCACCAUCAACAUCACAGAGCUAUUUACAAAGCAAUUUCAAUGGAAUGGAAGAGGGAAUGGGUUCAGAGACAUUUAUGAUAACUGGUAGAUAUGCAAGUUCCCAGUCAACGCUCCUAGAUGUACAAGAAGAAGAAGCUUAUGAGCAACCAGUAUUUGGUGAUGAAUAUGAAGAAUUAGCUGAAGAUGAGACAAAUAUUGGAAAUGAAGAUGUGCCAAAUUAUGGUUCAGAUAGCUACUACAAUUGGCAAUUCGAUGACAAUGAAAAUCUGAAUAAUGAUCCAGUACAUAAUGAGCAGCACAUUCCAAAGGAAAAUAACAGUUUCAACAAUGAAACUCACAAUAAUGAAGAUGGUGAAGAAGCAGUUAUGGAGAUGCCUGAAGGAGUGGAGCAGCUAACUCAAGAAGAUAUCUGUAUUUUCCUUGAAAAUGAAAGUGUUGUUGCAGCAUUACAAGCUAGUCAAGAAGUUACUGGGCAUCAUGCUCCACACUUAAACAUGGUAUUUAACACUGAAGAGGAAGCCUACAAAUUUUACAAUGAAUAUGCUUCAAUUUGUGUAUUCUCUGUGAAGAAAGCGGGAAACUACAAAGGCAAAAAUAUUGGAAAUGCUAUUGGCACGAGAAGAACUUACACAAGCAGUAAGUUUGGCAAAGUAGUUGCACCUGAGUUAAUUGAGGAAAGGAAGAAGAAGAGACAAGAGAGAAACCAGCAGAAAGUUGGGAACAAGGUCAAAUGCAUAUUUUGGUCUGAUGGAUUUUCUCGACACAUGCAUGACUUAUACGGUGAUUGCCUUAGCUUCGACACAACAUUCAAGACUAACAAGUAUAACCCCCCAUUUGCUCCUUUUGUCGGAGUGACAGGACAUGGCCACAACUGCCUAUUUACUUGUGCAAUAGUCAAUAAUGAACAAGCAAGUACCUUUGAGUGGCUAUUUGAGGAAUUCCUCAUAUGUAUGGGAGGGAAGCACCCUGCAACAAUUAUCACAGAUCAAGAUGCUGCAAUGGCAAAAGCAAUAAAUGAAGUUUUCAAACAAACUUGUCAUAGAAAUUGCUUCUUCCAUAUCAAGAGAAAGUCGGAAGAGAAGUGUGGAGGAACAUUUGUGGCCAGAGGGGAAAACAGAAAGAAGUUUUUCCCCGUUUACUUCAAGCAUGACUUCUUACCUUUCAUUCACUCAACUGCUAGAAGUGAGGGCACUAAUGCAAUCUUCAAAGACAAUGUUGGGUCUACAUAUAGUGUUAUCAGCUUCUUGGGUGAGUACCAGAAAAUAUCUAAAAACAUAGAGGAAUUGGAAAGAGAACAAGAUUCAGUAACAAGGAUAACAGAGCCGGACUAUUGGGUGCGUAGCGAGAUAGAACUUCAAGCUGGUCGCAUGUAUGAGGUCUACAAGACACCUAUGCUACAACUGCAAGAUUUCAGGUCCAGAAAGUACCUUGUUUCUGUAAACCUACAAGCAGAAGAAUUCGCCUGUAUAUGCUGCAAGUUUGAGAAGGAUGACAUAAUAUGUGCACAUAUACUGAGGGUCCUCAUCCACCUUAACUUGUUAGAGCUUCAUGAAAAGUAUUACAUCAAUAGGUGGAGGCCAAAAGAUAGAAAAUACAUCAGAGAUAAGCAUUCCAUCCCAAUAGAUCUAACAACAAGUAACAAACAUCUGAGAUACUGCGUGCUAUCUAGGAAAUUUUGCAAUAUUGCCUCUGAAGGAGCUGUGACUGAAAGGAAAUACUUGUUCUUGCUGGAUGAAAUCAAAAGGAUAGAGGACAGACUAGAUGAAAUGACUAAAGAAGAUGAAACUGCGGAAUUCCAGAAAAGAGAAAAGGUCAAACAACCAUGUGCAACAAGUGAACAGCAAAAAACAAGUGAACAACAACAUAAAGAUGGUUUCCCUGAUAACAUACAAGAUCCUGAUGUUGUUCCUUCGAAAGGACGUCCAGAAACUUCUAAACGACAAAGGACAUUCGUUGAAGAAUUGAUGUCAAAAAAUCAAAUUACAUGCAGCCACUGUGGUUCGCAUCAACAUAACAUUGUACAUGUACAAUGA